GGUUGAGAGCUAUGGCUGCUAACCAAAAGGUCGGCAGUUCGAAUCUACCAGCUGCUCCUUGGAAACCAUAUGGGGCAGUUCUACUCUGUCCUAUAGGGUUGCUAAGAGUUGGAAUAGACUUGACGGCAAUGGGGUUUUUCUUUUUUUUGUAUGUAGUACCUUACAUAUAUCAUCUCAUUUAGUACUUGAGUAAACCUCUAUGAGGGGGCUAUUUUAGACCAUUUAACAGAUGAUAUUAAUAAAACCUACCAUUUAUUAUGCAUCAGCGAUGUGUUUAGUGUUUUGCUUGUGCUACGGAAGUGGAAUCCCUAUAAUACUGUCCAGCUCAGUCCAAUAGAACUUUUCCACAUGAUGGAAAUAUUCUGUGUCUUCACUAUCCUAUGUAGUAACAUUAGGCACAUUUGGCUGGCUACUGAGCACUUGCAAUGUGACUAGUGCAACUGAGGAACUGAAUUUUUAAAUUUUAUUUAAUUUUAAUAAAUUUAAAUGGUCAUGUAUGGCUUAUGGCUACUAUAUUGGACAGUACAGCCUGUACUGAUGAUAUUAUUUCCAUUUUUCAAAGGAGAAACUGGCACAGAGAGUUCUGAAACUUGUCUAAGGUCACACAACUUUGUAAAAAAAAAGUUUUUGAGCAGAGAAAUGCUUUAGAAAUAUUAAUUUGGCAAUGUAUAUAGGAUGGAUAGAUGGGAAGAAAAAAAGCACUUUGGCUGAAAGAACUAAAAAUCUGAAUCGAGUGAUUCCAGUGGGAACUGGAAGAGAUGGUUGCAAAUGACUUACAGAGGUAGAAUUACCAUCCCUUAGUGACAUCAUGUGAAGGCUUUGGAAGAGAGAACCUAAGGUUACUCUAGAUAAGCUAGAAAAAUGGUAAUACUGUUUAUUGAUAUAGAACAGUCAUGAGCUGUUUUGGGAAUGAAGGGGAUUUGUUUCUGGCUGUUCUUUCAAGAAAGAUUUAUUGAGUGAUUACUAUGAGUAAACCCUCUGCUAGGCUUAUGUGGAGAAAUGGAGUCCCUUAUCAAGGAUAUUAUCCACUUAAGGCACUCUCAUAAAUUUUUAUGCAGUAGAAUAUAGUGGGAAACCCUGGUGACGUAGUGGUUAAGUCCUACGGCUGCUAACCAAAGGGUCGGCAGUUCACAUCCAACAGGCGCUCCUUGGAAACUCUACGGGGCAGUUCUACUCUGUCCUUUAGGGUCACUAUGAGUUGGAAUCGACUUGACGGCACUGGAUUUGGUUUUUUGUUUUGGUUUAGAAUAUAAUGAGCUGUAAGUGAUGUGCACAGUCAAAUAUUCUCAGAGGAAGGAAUGCUAAUUUCCAGAAGCAAAAGAAUUAGAGAAGAUUGUGUGCAGAAGGGAAACCCUGGUGGCAUAGUGGUUAAGUGCACCUACAGCUGCUAACCUAGAGGUCUGCAGUUCAAAUCCGCCAGGCGCUCCUUGGAAACUCUAUGGGACAGUUCUACUCUGUCCUGUAGGGUCGCUAUGAGUUGAAAUCGAUUUGACGGCGGUCGGUUUUGGGUUUUGGUGUGCAGAAGAUGGCAUUUGAGCUCGAUGUUGAUGAGUAGGGAGCCUUGGUGGCACAGUGGUAAAGAAUGACAACUGCUAACUAAAAAGGUUGACAGUUUGAAUCCGCCAGCAGCUCCUUGGAAACCAUGUAGGGCACUUCUGCUCUGUCCUUUAUAGUCUCUAGUUUGGUUUGAUGAGUAGGAAGAAUUUGGACCUACAAAAGCAAUAAAAGGGGUUGGGGGAUGGGAAACUAUGUUUUUGGCAAAGGAGUGGACAGAAUGUUUUGAAAAUCUCUUUUGCCAAAACACUUAAAUGCUGAAUAAAGUAUAUUAGCUUUUUAAAUGCAUCGCUUAUGUUGUGGGAAAGAAAGGGAAAUUCCCAGGACUGAAAACCCAGAGAGAAAGCUAAACCAGAGUGGUAAACUGGCAUUGUGGCUCCUUUUGGGGCAUUUGGCUGAUAGCAGAAAUAAAGCACCCAAGAUAGAGAGAUAGGCUUCAGAUGGCUGAACCUCCCAGGUACACAGCUCUACAUGGUACCAUUCACAUGGUCAUCUGUGUAAAUGGUACCUGUGUUUCAGGGUGAUAUUUUCAUAAAAUAUAAAUGUUUUUGCUUGAAAUUGUAUAACUUAUGGCCUUGGAAAACUACCUCCUCCAAGUUGAGCCGGGACCCUCAAAAGUCUACCUACUCAGUGAGAGGUGGGUUAGAAAAAUAUCUCCCUCCUGGCAAAGGAGAUGGUAAAGAAAUGUGUUCAUUUUUUUGCCUCAGUUCCAGGUGGGGGAAUAAAGACACCAGCUGAGAACUUGAAACUCGGGUGUGCCAUCACUCAGAUUCAAGGUUAAAAUUUCCAUACCUACAUGUUCCAAAAAAACUGGAAACCCAAGGGGUCAAAAGUUGGCUCAGUUGGUAAUAUGCCAGGGUGCCUGAAAAAAAUAAACACAAACCCUCUAUGGAAUGACUCACCAUUAAUCUAAACUUUUUAGAAUACAUCUAAAUUAAUAUCAUCUAAAUACAAACUCAUGGUCAGAAACCAUAAAACACAUGUGCAAGGGUUGGCCGAACUGACAAAUAAUGGAACGCGACUCCUGAGAACUUUAGACUGGGGUUAUCAGAAACAAAUUGAUGUUUACAGAAAUAAAACAUAAACAAUUAAAAACAAGAUUUGAGAAGUAAUUAAAAAAUAUGGAAAGUAAGAAUUAUUGUCUUAGAAACCUAUGUUAAGGAAACCAUUAUGGAAUCUUGGCAAGAAAUUGUGGUAACUAAAUAAAUAAAGGGGGAAAAGUAGAUGAAGUGUUAAGGACUAACAAAGAAAAGAAGUGUAUAGGAAAAGAGGAGAUUGUGAUAAUUCAGGCAGGAAAUGACUCAACUCAAGCCUAAAAUGGUGACUUUAGGAAUAAAGGAAAAGGAACUUAUUUAGCAAGAUGUGAAUGUACAGAUUUAGUAACAAAUCAGAUGACCAGGCUAAGUGACAAGUAAAAGUCAAAAGCGAUUGAAAUUUCAUUAUUUGGAAGGUCCGUCUGUGAUGAGGAAGCUGAGCACAGUGGAGGAUUGUGACAGAGCUGGAAAUAUAAUGGUGAACAAAACAGUUGAUUCCUGCUGUCACAGAACUUAAAAUUCAGUGAGGAAGAGAAAACCAAACAAGCAAACUUUUCUGCUUCAGAAGACCUGUUUGAGAUGUGGUGGUUUCAGCAAGGCCUCAGUUUUCUCCCUUCAGCUCUUGUAAUCUGGACUGCUGCAGCUUUCAUCUUUUCAUACAUUACUGCAAUAACACUCCAUCAUGUCGACCCUGUUUUGCCUUAUAUCAGUGACACUGGUACAGUAGCUCCAGAAAAAUGCUUGUUUGGGGCAAUGUUAAAUGUUACUGCAGUUUUAUGCGUUGCUACCAUUUAUGUUCGUUACAAGCAAGUCCAUGCUCUGAAUCCUGACGAGAACCGUAUCAUCAGAUUAAACAAAGCUGGCCUUGUACUUGGAUUAUUCAGUUGCUUAGGACUUUCUAUUGUGGCAAACUUCCAGAAAACAACCCUUUUUCUCGCACAUGUAAGUGGAGCUGUGCUCACCUUUGGUCUGGGCUCAUUAUAUAUGUUUGUCCAGACUAUCCUUUCCUACCAAAUGCAGCCCAGAAUUCAUGGCAAGCAAGUCUUCUGGAUCAGACUCCUGGUGGUUAUCUGGUGUGCGGUCAGUGCGUUUAGCAUGCUGACUUGCUCAUCCCUUUUGUACAGUGGCAAUUUUGGCACUGAUAUAGUACAGAAACUCCAUUGGAACCCUGAGGAAAAAGGUUAUGUGCUUCACAUGAUAACUACUGCAGCAGAAUGGUCCAUGUCAUUUUCCUUCGUUGGCUUUUUUCUGACUUAUAUUCGUGAUUUUCAGAAAAUUUCUUUACGGGUGGAAGCCAAUUUACAAGGAUUAACACUGUAUGACACUGUUCCUUGCCCAGUUAACAAUGAACGAACACGACUACUUUCCAGAGACUUAUGAUGAAAAGGAUAAAAUCUUUCUGUGAUGAUUAUGAUUCUCAGGGAUUGAGGAAACAUUCACAAACGCCACUUACUCUGCUGUGUAAUUUUCAACCAAUUAAUCAAGGCUGACAGUGACAUUUAUGAAUACUGAUAAUCAAGAGACAUGAAAUAAGCCAUUUGAUAAGUUAUUUUAAAGGAUAUCAUCAAGAGGACCAUUUAAAACAUUUAUGCCUAUGCUUUUUUAUCCUAGAAAAUAAAAUCAAAGGACUACAACAUUGUAGUUUUCUACUUAAUUGAAGAGAAACAACCAGAAGGACAUCAAGCAGGCUGCAAAACCCAGCAUUUCACAUUCUGUAAAUCAUUAUAAAGCAUGUUUUGUCUGGAGCACAUAUAUCAGAGACAUUUUCCAGGACCUGCAGUAAUCAGCAUUGGUAACUCCUUUAAAAUUGGGUUUUGAAGCAACAGCUAUGUCAUAUUAAUUAUAUUUCUUUAUCAGCACAGUCUGGAACUCUGUGGAUUUGAAAACUUCUUUAGUAUAAAAAUAGUGAAGACUAUAUUUCUAGGUUCUUUACUUCCCCAGAAAUCAUAGAAUACAUGUUUUAUAGUCUUUUUUAUAUUUUUGCUCUGGAAUCCACCUAUAAAGGGAAGCAGACCGGAACUCACAUGAGCUCAUUCUUUGCAUAAGCUUUGUACAAGAGGCUCUAGCUCGUCUGUCACACAUGCUUGCAAUAGGUUCAUGAAGUGUAGUCUCUAGUAUGAGAUUUUAAUCAUCAAUGAAGGAGAUGUAGCUAUAGGUAAAAGAUUUAUUCCAACCAUAGGUUACACGAAAUAAGGAUUCGUAUUCAUAAACACAACCGAGAAGUUUGUGAAUAACAGCAGAUAGAGCAAUAUCAAACAAAAGUCACCUCGAACUGCAAUCAAGUGCUUCUUAGGUUUUCCUUCACUGCAAAUUAUAGUUACUUUAAAAAAAAAAAAAAACUUGUAGAGGUAGUCUUAAAUGUGCAAUUUUUGAGCCUUUUUAAGGGAAUUGAUUUUUAUAGGCUCUAAAUUCUAAAGAACAAACUCAGCAGUUGAGAAAAACUAGGUUCAAAAUAAUUAUGAUGAAUUCAUCUACCAAAACAAUAUUCUCUGGUCGUGGAAGUGGCUGGAUAGAUUUUACUUAAAUCCUUGGCUGUGCAAGCAAAGAAUUCUUUACAGAUCCCUGAUAAGAUUGAAAAGAAGAAAAUGCUCAUCUAGAAGGUGCUUACUGGCAAACUGGUUUGCAAAAGAAUCUUCCAAAAAGAUUAACAGGGUUCGUCUUUUUUAGAAGAGAUGGGUCUGUGACCAAAAGAAAAAGUGGCAAGGGCAAGUGUGAAGUGUAUGAGGGAACAAUUUAAGGAAAAAUGCUUAAAUAAUGGAACUUGAGUUCUCAAUUAUGAGUAAAUUGUUGAUAUAGGAGUUAGUAAUAUUUCUGAAUACAUUCUAGACUAAUAAGAUAGAAAACAGGAUAAAAUAAAUGUUGUUUACUUACAUCAAAAGACAGUGAACAUAUGGGAGAUAUUUCACUAAACAAUGGUAGAUUGAAUGGUUCAUCACUUAAUGUCCCCAAAAAUCAUGGUGCAGCCACACCUGUGAAACAGCAUUUAGUCCCGAUUGCUGUGUAUCAAGAAAGCUGUAACUGAAGCUGUGAAGGACCACAGUAUGGUGGGGAAGUGAAAUAUUCCUCAGCCUGUAAAGACUGAUGACUGAGAGGAAAAUACAAUCAAAGUACAUAAUAUUGUAAGUUACGUGUGGGAAAGGAGGUGUAGGGAUGAGCAUGAAUUAGUUUAUCCAUUCCAGAAUAUUAGUCUUAGAGAUAUACACUAGCACAGUGAAGAAAUUCUUUUUAAGACAAAAAAAAUGCUACUUUGAUAGUAUUUGAAUUCAUUUAGUUAACUUUUACCCUCAGAAAUAAUACAGACUGAAAAUAUUCAUAGGUUCAAGAAGCGGUAGAUACCAGUAAAAACCAGUUGUCAAGUCAACUCAUGGUGACUGCAUGUGUAGAGCAGAACUGUGCCCCACUCCAGCUGAUUGUUGGGAAGUAGAUCAACAGGCCUUUCUUCCAAGGUAUCUCUGGGUGGACUCAAACCUCCAGCCUUUCUCUUAGCAGCUGAUCAUGUUAACCAUUUGCACCACCCAGGGACUCCAAGAAGUAAGAUAGCUACUCAUAAUAAGUUAAAGAGAAAUUUGGAAUGUGUGUUCAUCCGUUACCUAAGGCUAAAGUAGUGGAAGAUAGCCAUGCCCUCCCUCAGGUUGUGCCUUUCUUCCAGCAUCAGAUACAGAAGCUCUGAUGGACUGAUAAGGCAUUUCUAAUUCAAUCAGCAUUUUUGUGUUGAAUGUUUACCUUUUAGAAUAAGAGGUCUUAAACUAUCAAAAUUCUCAGAUACUGCUAUCUGCUAAUGAAAAACUCAUUUCCUUUUUGUCCUGGGUACACAGGAAGAAACUCUGUUUUUAUUCACUCCCAUUAGUAAGAUUAUACUGUAGAUUCCUAGAAUGAUAUCUCAUGUUGUAAAUGCUCAAUAAAUUUGUGAGAAAGAUACCUUUUCUUAUCUCUUCUGUAGUACCCAGUACAGACUCAGUGCAAAAUCAAAGUUGAAUAAAUAUCAGCUUAUUAGUGCCUUUGUAUGUCUCAUGCUGUUCAUCUUGCUUCUUAACUAGCCAGGGUGCUGGUUUUAGAAAAAAUGUAUUUACAUAUUAGGAAGGUAAGAAUAUAGAACAGACCUAAGACAAAGGUAAAAUCUUUUUGAGGCGUUCUAGGUCUUAACAAUGUAAGCAACUGUGUACUCCAAAGGGCUUGGUAAUAUGACAGAGUUCAACUGAAGCACAGAAAGCUGAGGGCAUGAGUAGAUUAUAAAGAGAAUGCUCCACCCACACCAAAACCCACUGCUGUCCUGUCGAUUCCAACUCAUAGUGCCCCUAUAGCACAAAGAACUGCCCUAUAGGGUUUCUAAGUUUGUAAAUCCUCAUGGAAGCAGACUGCCACAUCUUUCUCCUGCAGAGCAGUUGGCGGGUUCAAAUUGCCAACCUUUUCAUUAGCAGCUGAGUGCUUAACCACUGUGCCAACAGGGCUCCUUCAGAAUGCUACCAACCAAAAACAAAACCUGUUGCCGUCUAGUCAAUUCCAACUAACUGAACCUAUAGGACAGAGUAGAACUGCCAAGGAGCACCUCGCGGAUUUGAACUGCUGACCUUUUGCUUAGCAGUCAAGCUCUUAACGACUGCACUACCAGGGCUAAAAUACGCAAUUAGGAUGUUGUACAAGAAAUACCUCAUUGUUUGGAAAGCUGGCAGCUCAGCUAAAAAGCAUAGAGGUUUUACUAGAAUUUUGCCAAUGCUUAGGUCACAAGCCUGUUGAAAAGAAAUCCUGAUCAUUCACUCAAAAUAGUUGAAGCCAGUGAUAAAGUUAAUCAAACUAAAGCUGCAAAAAGGCCACCUCCAGCUCAGCUACUACAGAUCAGAUUAAUUCACCCUUCCAUUCAGGAGCCUGACAAAGAAAGAGGUGUACUCUUUUCUGGCAAACUAUUAUUUACUGUGAUCCAUACUGUUCUUUGGUACAAAAUGUUCACAUACAGAAGAGUCAACAGAAGGAAAUUCAGGAAAUGACUCAGAUUUUGGAAUCAUCAGACUGAUAACUAUGAUAAAUAUGCUGAAGCAUCAAAUUGAAAACAUGCAUAAAGAGAUGGAAAAUUUCAGCAGAGAAAUGGAAACUACUAGGAACAAGAAAAAUCUGGAAUAUGAUUUAUGAAUGCACAUAGAGGAGAACAGUAAGUUUUAAGGCAGGCCAAUUGAAAGUACACAAACUGAAAGACAGGAAAAAAGAAUGAAAAAAGCAAAUAGAAUCUCUGAUGUGAAAGCAAAAUCAAAUGACCUAACAUUCUUGUAAUUGAAGUCCCAGAGGAAGGUAGAAUGAUACAAAAGAAAUCUUUGAUGAGAUAAUGACUGAGAACUUUUCUGCAAUUGGUGAUGGACAUGAAUACAUGAACAAUAGUGAAAAUAACAAACUCAAAAGUUUUUUUUAUAAUUGAAAUUGAGAAAACACCUAGCAAGACUGAUCAAGUAAAAAAGAGAAAGCAAAAUUUAACAUCAAGAAUGAAAAAGUACUGAGACCAGAAGAACUAGUUGGUGCCCAGCCACAAUUGAUGACUGCCCUGACAGGGAGCACAACAGAGAGCCCCUGAGGGAGCAGGAGAUCAGUGGGAUGCAGACCCCAAAUUCUCACAAAAAGACCAUACUUAAUGGUCUGACUGAGACUAGAGGAAUCCCGGCAGUCAUGGUCCCCAAACCUCCUGUUGGCCCAGGACAGGAACCAUUCCCGAAGACAACUCAUCAGACAUGAAAGGGACUGGACAGUGGGUAGGAGAGAGAUGCUGAUGAAGAGUGAGCUAUUUGUAUCAGGUGGACACUUGAGACUGUGUUGGCAUCUCCUGUCUGGAGCGGGGAUGGGAGGAUAGAGAGAGUUGGAAGCUGGCAAAAAUGUCAUGAAAGGAGAGACUGGAAGGGCUGACUUACUAGGGGGAGAGCAAGUGGGAGCACGGAGUAGGGUGUAUAUGAACUUAUAUGUGACAGUUUGACUUGAUUUGUAAACGUUCACUUGAAGCUAAAUAAAAGUUAAAAGAAACUUUAGAUGAAAAUAUUUUCAAUAAUAACCAUUAACCAUAUUUUUAAAGAACUUCAGAUGUAACAUAAUAAUCUUGAGCUAUGAUGCCAUGUAGUCAGGAUAUAUCAAGAACAUUCUAAGAUUAUGAAGUCUCUAUAUACCUGAAUAGUAAUUCUUCAACUAAUCCAUUGGCUUUGAUGUUGCUAGAUUCUAAAAAUAAAGUUUCAACCAAGUCAGCAAUCAUUUGCUACGUAAUAUGAGACAAAACACAAGAGGGAAUACUAACAUAGAAAUUUUAACCCAAAGAGAAUCAGGCGCUUCUCUUGAUUUUAACAACAUGUUCCAUGUAAUUUACAUCAUGUUAAAUAAACCUUUUUUAGCACUCUUUCUUUUAUAAAAAAUUUUCUUGCUUUUCAGACUUGUCAGAAGUUUAUCACAAGUGAUUUAGGAAAUAGUACUGCAGUUAUUACACCCUGUCCUUGAGCAUACAGAAUGUGACCCAGCUGGACUCACAAGGACACAGCAACUGGGCCCGGAGGUAUAAAGACAAUAGAAUAAUCUUGGAAAUAUCUUUUAGGGAAACUUUCACGUAAGCCAGAACACAAAAGACUUUCCACUGUUAUCUUUUUCUAUUAACAUUUAGUGAACAGAAAUUUGUUGGACCAAUGAAGACCCUCCUGACUCAUUACUGAAACCUGUACCAAUGAUCUUUAAGAAAGACAAUUCAAAAUGUAUGGUGACAGUUUAUAGCCAAUCUUUGAAAAAGAGAAGCUUUCAAAUGGCUUUGCCCAUUUGUAAUGUUAAUAUAUACCGAUGAUUCUGCAACCUUCCUUGGACUCAGACAGACGUGGCUGUGGCAGCAUACUUGUCUGUUUUCCCAUUCCUGUUUAUUAUGUAAUAUUCUCUAGACUCAGACAGACAUGUCUGGCAGCAUGCUUGUCCAUUUUCCCAUUCUUGUUUAUUCUGUAAUAUGCCUUGGACUAGGGCAGACAUGGCUGUGGCAACAUGCUUGUCCAUUUCCCCACUUUUGUCUCCUCUGUAAUACUCUUUGGACUCUAGGCAGACAUGGCUGUGAAACGUGUUUGCCCGUUUUCCCAUUCUUGCUUACUCUGUAAUAUUUCCUUGGACUCGGGCAGACAUAGCUCUGGCAACAUGUUUGUCCGCUUCUCAACUUUUGUCUUUUUGAAUAUACGCUGAAUAACACUUUAUUUUUGCUUUACUAAACUUUGAGAUGUUUUUUCCCCCUACAACACAAGUUAUCAAGAAACAAUUGUUAUUUAACCAAAGAUCUUAAAAUAAAAACCUUAGUUUUUUUCUUUUUCCCUAAAAAAAAAAAAAAGAAAGAAAAA